CUGCCGUCGACUGCUUCUCUGCAUGCCAUCCAACGGACGGUCCAGUGUCGCGCGCUACAUGGCUCUUCUCAGUGGAAUACGCUAGCAAAAGUCCCUCUUGUCAGAGGAUGCGCGACUUCUGCUCCGAUUUUUCCCAGGGUGAUGGGCUGAACGUCUCGAGGCCCUGGAAUGUGCCAAAACUUCUCGCCGUUUCUGCACUGUAGUUGCGCGAGACUGCUUCGCGAAUCAGAAUACUUUGCAGACACACCUCAUCAGAAUGGCCGCCGCAGAACUGGCACAACGAACGCAACCGAACCUCUGUCAGAGAAGGUUUGACCGUAACUUCAUCUCCAGACACACCUCACCCUCACCAGCCAUGCUUGACCCACCGAUGUGCUGCUAUGCGCAGUUCUGCUGGCACGGUUGCUCUCGGAGAGCGAGGGAACGGAGGCAUCUGCGGCUGAUCCUGGUCUGCCCUGGUCGAGUGGUGCGCUCUGGAUACUCUCAGACUGGUAUAAAAUCACGCAGGGCUCCAUCGACGCCCCAAUUCCACUUCUCUUCCCACCUGAUUUUCCCUUCUCCCCUUCUUCAAAUUCGUCUCUGGACGAUGUCUUUUAGCUGUUCCUCUUCCAUCACUCAUCUCGGCGGGCCCGAAAAUGACCAUGAAGCCGAUGAUGCUACUCUCCAUUCGAGUUCCAACCUUCCCGGAUCCCUGGCCAAGUUUAAGCCCCAGCCCCCGCCUCUGUCUCUCAGGAAAAUGGACUGGACUGACGCGACUUGAAAACUGCCCCGCCCGACGAAUGGCUCUCGGAUCCUCGUAAUCCGCGCAACUGGUCGAAUGGCAGGAAAUGGAGCGUCGUAUCUAUUGUUUCUUUCUACAUGUCGUGUCCCCACUUUCGAGCUCUAUUAUGUCCCGGGACUUUCCGAAAUCGCCGCUAAAUUCAACAUCGACAACGAGACCAUCCUCGCGAUGACGCUUUCGAUUUUUUUGCUUUCUUUCGGGAUUGGACUUUGUUUUGGGCUCCGUUGUC